GCUUUUUGGGAUCUGGCUACAACAGAAAAGACGACUGUUCAACAAGGGUGUUCCUGAGGGUAGCUGGCAAUCUAAAGAGCCAAGGAUACCUCGGGGCUCUGGAUCUGGGCUUUUUCUCUGUUCAUGGCUGCAGCACCUCUCUGUGGCUUCUGAGCUUCUCCCUGAACAGCAGCCAUGGCCUUGAAGAAUGUGCCCUUUCGCUCAGAGGUCUUAGCCUGGAACCCGGACAGCCUCGCAGAUUAUUUCAAGAAGCUCAACUACAGGGACUGUGAGAAGACGGUGAAGAAGUACCACAUCGAUGGUGCUCGGUUUUUGAACCUGACGGAAAAUGACAUCCAGAAGUUUCCUAAGCUUCGGGUGCCGAUUCUCAGCAAGUUAAGUCAAGACAUCAACAAGAACGAAGAGAGAAGAAGCAUUUUUACACGAAAACCCCAGGUUCAGCGGUUUCCUGAGGAGACAGAAAGCCACGAUGAAGAAGACAAUGGUGGCUGGUCAUCCUUUGAAGAUGACUACGAAAGUCCCAAUGAUGAUGAUCCGGAUGGGGAGGACGAUGGUGACUAUGAGUCCCCCAAUGAGGAGGAGGAGGCGCUGGUGGACGAUGCUGCAGACUAUGAGCCUCCGCCCUCCAACGAUGAGGAGGCUCUGCAGAGCUCCAUCCUACCCGCCAAGCCUUUCCCGAACACCAACUCCAUGUACAUUGACAGGCCUCUUGCUGGCAAGGUCUCCCAGCAGCCUCCGGUGCCACCCCAGAGACCAAUGGCCGCCCUCCCUCCCCUGCCAACAGGUCGGAAUCACUCGCCACUGUCUCCACCCCAACCCAACCAUGAAGAGCCCAGCAGAAGUCGAAACCACAAAACAGCAAAAUUGCCUGCUCCAUCAAUAGACAGAAGCACGAAACCUCCCCUUGACCGCUCAUUGGCACCUCUUGACCGAGAACCCUUUACACUAGGAAAGAAGCCAACAUUUUCCGACAAGCCAGUGGCCCCAGUGGGAAGGCCCCUUGGGGAGCAUUUACCCAAGAUACAAAAGCCUCCUUUACCACCAGCCAUGGACAGACAUGAAAGAAGUGAAAGAAGUGGACCCCUGACAGCAAAGAAGCCACCGGUUCCAAGGCAUGGAUGGGGACCAGAGAGAAGAGAGAAUGAUGAAGAUGAUGUGCACCACAGACCUUUGCCCCAGCCAUCACUACCUUCUAUGAGCUCCAACACAUUCCCUUCGAGAUCUGCCAAGCCCAGCCCCAAGCACACAUUUCCACUGUCUCACACGCCGGGAGCCUUCUCCGAAAGUAACAUUGGCUUUCAGCAGAGUGCCUCCCUGCCGCCAUACUUCUCUCAAGGUCCCAGCAACAGACCACCUCUCAGAAGCGAAGGCAGAAACUUACCCUUGCCAGUUCCAAACAGGCCUCAGCCUCCAUCUCCUGGGGAAGAAGAGUCUCCACUAGAUGAUGAGUGGUACGUCUCUUAUAUUACCCGGCCAGAGGCAGAAGCUGCUCUACGGAAGAUAAACCAGGACGGCACCUUCCUGGUUAGAGACAGCUCGAAGAAAACAGUCAACAAUCCAUAUGUCCUUAUGGUGUUGUACAAAGACAAAGUUUACAACAUCCAGAUCCGCUACCAGGAGGAAAGCCAAGUAUACUUGUUGGGGACUGGACUUCGAGGAAAAGAGGACUUCCUGUCUGUGUCAGAUAUUAUUGACUACUUCAGGAAAAUGCCACUGUUGCUCAUUGAUGGGAAAAACCGAGGCUCCAGAUACCAGUGCACCCUAACACACGCUGCAGGCUGUCCAUAGCAAGUCAGGAAAGCAAAUGAGCCUUCCUGACUGUUGUCAAUGCGGGCAGGUCAAGUGACCUUAGGACUAAAGGAGGCCCCUCAACGUGGACACAGAGUUUUGCCUUUUCCUUAAACAGUGUCUGAAGAUUGCUGAAUACCACAUUUAUUUAUUUCUUUCGAUGUCUGUAAAGUGCAGAAGUAAUUAUGCCCAUGCUUAAAGUCUAAGAGUGCAUGGCAGUACUUCAAGACAUGAGAUUUUCAACACCCAUUCCAAAAUACAGUACUUUAUACUGCAGAAAUAAUGCACGGCAAGCUUAAUAUGCACUGAAGCUGAUCGUUUUUGAUACCAUAUUUUAUAAGGAGACUUUUGUCAGGCGGAGGCAAUCUGUUUUUUACACAACUUUAAGUAAUUAAAAUGCAUUUUCUGUGCAGCAAUAACUUAUGAGACUCCAAAAAUAUAAAUCUAUUUUCUCUCUC